CAAACACACACCGAGUUUUUCCUUUUUCUGCAAAGAACGAUGUGGCUCGUGAAGGGUUCUGUCUGAUUAAAUACUUUCGCUAAGCAGCUAACUGAAUGUUUUUCCCUUUGUAAAUACAUCGCUUCAGGAAAGUUUUAAAACAGUAAUUUUGAGCCAAAUUCAUGCAUUUUGAAUUUUUGGUUACUGAAAAGCAAUAGAAAGGCCUUCUUGCAAUAGGAUUUGAUUUCUUAAAAUAUUUGGAUAUGCUAUAAAAAUGGAAGAAUAUUAAAAUACAUCUUAUAUUAAUUUAUAAACUUACCAAGUCUUAAAGGUUUAUCUAUGCAGAUAUCACCUGCUUAGAAAAUCUAAUGCUGCAUUGGAAAUAUAAAGAAAAAGGAAUAAAUUCUUUGAAAUAAGAAGCAAAAAUUGCAAUUUGCAAAAUAUGCUCAAAGUUGUGUUUGGGAGAAAUUCUAAAGCUUUCUUACGUUCAUGUUUCAACCAAAAUGUUUCAUUUUCCAAUUUUAAGGGCACAGGUGGCAAUGCUAAAAUUCUUAGCAAUAUAGAAGGCUAUGGAAGCUGUCUGCUUCUGCUUGUUCCUUCACCAGUGACAUUCCCUGUUUGUGGCUUUCUGUGUCCUUAUUCUCAGCAAUUAGAAAAGUCACUUCAAUGCAAUUUUCAUACAGGCAGCAUUUAUUAUGAUCAGACAAAUGAUAAAACGUCUUUUUUUACUCAAGGAACCAAAAGUGAGGAAGAGAAGGAAGCAGCUAAAUCAUUAUCUCAGAAAAGGAAGGAGGAAAGACAAAAAAUGGAUUUAAGCAAAAAAUUUACAGACAGGAAUUUCAUCACUCCUUUGAGAGCAAUGAAUGAAUAUCUUUUAAAACCUAGUGAUCUUGAAUGCUUAAGAAAAACAACUAGAAGAAGCCCUUUUGAAGAUAAUCCUCCAAUACAAGUCUACUUACGCAGAGAUGUUGAACAGAAAGCCAUUGAAGUUUGGGGAAGUGAGGAAGCUUUGCAACGAGAACUUAAAAAACGCAAGGAGGAUGAAGAACAAUAUCGAAAUAAUAUAUUUCAUGUGAAGAAAAUAUUGAAAGAAUAUACUCGCUCCACAAUGCAUAAAGAAGAGCGUAAAAGGCAAGAAUUAAUCAUCAAAACUUCAGGACGAGUUGUGUUAACAGCUGUAGUAAUAAACGCCACAAAUUUUGCUCUAAAGGUCCUUGCUUGGCUUCAUACUGGUUCUCAUAGUAUGUUUGCUGAAGCUAUUCAUUCCUUGGCAGACACUGGGAAUCAGCUGAUAUUAUUUUAUGGAAUAAAGAAAUCUCUCCAGACUCCAACCCAGUACCAUCCGUAUGGGUAUCAUAAUAUGCGUUAUGUAGCAUCUCUUAUUAGUGGUGUUGGAGUAUUUUUUCUUGGCACUGGACUUUCAGUAUACCAUGGAAUCAAUGGGAUUUUGCAUCCUGAAACCAUGGAAUCUUUGUAUUGGGCUUAUGUUGUCUUAGGAGGUUCUUUAAUCUCUGAAGGAGGUACACUAGUUGUAGCAUUUAGGGAAACGUUAAGAGGAGCGAGACGAGAUGAAUUGACUUUUUUCCAGUAUGUUUUAAGAGGUAGAGAUCCCAGUGUGAAUGUUGUUCUAUUGGAGGACAUAGCUGCAGUGUUUGGGAUUUUUAUUGCUGCUGGAUGCAUGAGUUUGACAUCAUACACUGGAUUGCCUAUUUAUGAUGCUGCUGGCUCACUGGCUAUAGGCGGAGUACUAGGAGCAGUUGCUUCAUUUAUAAUUUAUACAAAUACAGCUGCUUUAGUUGGAAGAUCAAUUCCUGAAGAAAGAUUGCAAGAACUUAACAAAGAAAUGGAGAAUGAUGUGAUGAUUAGAGCCAUUCAUGAUGUAAAAGCAACUGAUAUGGGCAAUAAUUAUGUUCGUUACAAAGCAGAAAUUGAUAUUGAUGGAAGACAGCUUACUCGUUCUUAUUUAGACUCCCAGGAUUUGGAUACAUUGCUUGAGGAAAUGCAAAAAUUGAAAACCAUAGAAGAAGUUGAAGCAUUUUUUCUGAAACAUGGUGAAAGUAUUGUGGAUAUGUUAGGUGGUCAAAUCGAUAGAAUCGAAAUGAAUUUUAAGAAAAAGAAUCCAGAAAUCAGGCAUGUAGAUUUGGAAGUAUUAUAACUACUUACAUUGCGCAUUAGCUUUGAAAGUUGUAGAAAUUUGUAAAUAAUUGUAUUUAAACCAUGUAUUUUGUUUUUCAAUGUAAGGGUGCUAUUCUUACUGAACAAUAUAGAAGCACAGUACCUGUGAAGACACCAAUGCUUAUUUUUAAUUAUGAUUUGUACAAUUUAUGAAGUUAUUUGUAGAACUGUGUGUUCAAAGUGUAUCCUUAUUUUUAGUAAAUAAAUGAAUAUGCUUGAA